CAGAAUUGCAGAUCCAAAGGAGGUAACCAUUUCUGAGGCAUCUGAGACACGUUGGAAGUCUGCACUCUGGAAGUUAUACACAAAUGGGCACACUCAUGGACAAGAUGGGAAAAUAAAUGCCUCAAGAAGCUGCACAGAUUGCCCCAAGACUCUCAGGAGAUACCUCAGUAUACACUGCCCACAGUUAAGAAACCACGACCUGAGACAUUGUUUUGAAGAGGUGAAAAUGCCUCCACUCAAGUGGCCCAGGAGCGUGAUCCAGGAAGACGAACACACAGAACCAUCUUCUGCAUUGUUUGAAAAUUCAGUGGAAACUAGUGUGGGGAAAGCAGUCAAGCCCGCGCGGAGCGAUUGUGAGGGGCUCUGCUGGAAUUUGGCAGCGCGGAGGCUUGGAGAGAAGCCCCAUGCUGGCUCCCAUUCAGCCGGCCCGUUUUCCUCGAGCUUUGGAAGUUUCACUCAGCCGUGCACUCAAUGGCUUCACAAAGCUGAUUACAAGCUUCAGCGCAUUCCUGAAGGAGCCAAAAGCGACGCAGGUGCAAACGAGCCGAGGGAGCCCCUUAUCCCGGUGACAGAAUGGGACAAGCUGGGAAAGGCUUGGACCACACAAAUCCAAGGCUCACCAGGCAGCAGAAAGCCUGCCUUGGGAACCGGGGGUCAUUAUCCGCCCUAUUCAGCGGGGCCCAGGGACCCUGGGGGCCGAGCGAGGCCAGCCCGGGCGGGAGCACCGCCGCCAGCGAGCGCCGGCGACAGGGGGGAACCCCGCUGGGCGCUGCGGCCAGGCCGGGGCUCAGGGCGCUGGGCUGUGCGUUUGCACAAAUCUGUGUUCCGGCGGGCCGGUGUCAACCCUAGUGGGGACACGGGAGAAAGAGCACGCCAGUAGGCCACGCGGCGCGUGGGCAGUGCGCAACUUCUAUCGGCGUCCAGGCUGGACGGCCACGUUUCAGCCGGUGCCCCCAGGCCAUGGACACCCAGCUCCAGGGUCGCUCUGCGCCCUUUCUCCCCAGCCCACCUUUCCCAUUGGUCCCCUCUCCUGUCCGAGUGGCAGCGCGGCCCCGCAGGGAGCGACCCCGGGAGGGACAGUGACCGCACGCGUGGAGUGGGGACGGCGGGGCACAGGGCCGUCGUCUAAGAGUGUUCGCAUGGCCGAGGACGCUUUCGCUGCGAGUUUGGGGUCGAGGGGCAGUUCCCUCCCGGAGUCAUUAACUUCGUCUCCUCGUGCUCAGGGACCAGCAACUUGGUGCUGCGGGCGCCAGAAAGAAAAGGGUAGCGCCUCGCGGAGCGCGCGGGGGAAGACGGACUGCAGCAGCGGGACGCGGGGGCGGGAGGGGCGCAGCGGAGGGGAGCGCUGGGCGGCGGGGAGCGCUCGGGCAGCCACCCUGUCCCCGUCUGGAGCCCCGCGCUGCGUCUAGGAGGGCGCAACACGCAGUCCCCGCGGGGGCCAGAGCUCGGAGCCCCCUAGUGCAUGCCCCCUCUCCUCGCGCCCUGUCGAGGCCUCGGCCCUGCCUGCCGUGCCCUGGGCCUGGUUGUGCCCGGGGGUCCCCGCGGGCAGGGCGCGGGGCAGGCAGGGCGCGCGCGCCGACGCUCUUUUGUCUGAUAACUAAUUUGAGUUAAUGCGAUCUUUAUGUAAAGCUAACAGCGGAUAAUUGUCUAUUUUCUCGCCAACAGUCUCCAUCACAAUCACUUAUCUGGAAACCUGCGGUUGGAUUAAUCGUUAUAUUCCCGAGAUGAGCGUUGCUGCAAUCCGCAGCGAACGCGGGUAGGGACCUGGAGACGCCUCCCGGGCGCUGGCGGGGCCGGUGUGGGCCAGCUCCGCUACCGCCUGAGACGCGGUGUGCCCAGGUGUUGGUGCCUGCGGGCGAGGGCUGUGGGACGCCUUCCCCAGGACUUGCUUGACUUGCUUUUCGCUCGAGUGGGUGGUGCGCGGGUGCGGGAGGCGGAGGGAGGAGGAGGGGUGAGGGGAGGAGGGCCUGUGGGGCUGCGGACCCGGAGCAGCCUGGGUGGAGCGCGGCCUCGGGAGGCCCUGGGUGCAUUGCGGCGGGGCCUGGGGGGCCCAGGCGCUGGAGGAGCCGUCGGUGCCGGAACGCAGCGUGUUUCACUUGGGAGAAACGUUGCCCUCGGUCCCUUGCCUCCCUCCUGUUGUCUCGGUUUUUCUGGCUUCGUCCUUCGUCCCACCCACCCGUUGCCACUUCAGGUCCCUCCCCCAGGAUCCCCUCCUUAAGGAUCCAGGUCUCUGAAAAUUAUUGGCAACAGUUACACGCCCCACGAUUGAAAUCCGCAAGAGAAGAGUCCCAGUUCUGCAGGCCGCUCCAGGGCUAGGGGUAGAGAUGGUGGCAGGUGGUGCGUCAACUCUCUAGGGAAGAGGAACUUGCAUUACAAAGACUUGUCUUUCUGAGCUGAAGUCAAAACAGGGGCGUCAAGCGCGCUCCGUUUGGCGGCGGUGGAGGGGCCGCGCGCCCGCGCUGUCCCAGCCGGAGCUGCCCUGGCUGGUGAUUGGAGGUUUAACGUCCGGGCUUCAGGCGCUUCUGCAGCUCAGAUUUGCCGGCCAAGGGGCCUCAGUUGCAACUUUUCAAAAUGGUGUUUCUGGAAAAUAACAAAUUCAGACUCAACUGGUGACAGCUUUUGGCUAUAGAGAAUGAAACUGCUUCCCUUUGGCGGUGGAACUCUUAAACUUCGAAGAGUGAAAGAAUACAAUGAAAUAAAAUGCCAUAAGAUCACUGGAUUUUUCAGAAAAAGGAAGACCCCAAAUUACUCCCAAAAUGAGGCUUUGUAAAUUCUUGUUAAAAAUCUUUAAAUCUCGAAUUUCCCCCUACAACAUCUGAUGAGGGCUUUAAGAGGAAACGAGCAAAUCCCACCUCGAGAAUCAACAAACCCAAGCUCUGGCCAAGGCUCUCCCCGCGUUUUCUUCUCGUGACCUGGGGAAUGUCCCGCCCCAUCGCUCACCUGGCUCUUGUCAUCUCGCUCAUCUUGAAGUGACCCGUGGACAAUGCUGCUCCCUGCCGCAGCUCCGCCGGUCACUCAGGCAGAACGGGGUAUGCAAAUGGCCUGGAGAGGCCGAGGCCGAACACUGCGCCCAUUGUCCCGGGCGCUCAAAGCGCCGAGCAGCUGCGCAGACUUUCUGGGCUCGGACCCUCGGCCGCCACGCUAAUGUCAUCAUUGCAAAACAUCAGAUUUUGAGAACUAUGCAGUCUGAAUUCAUUAGCAGCCUUCUUGGCGAAGGUUCUUUUCCCCGUGACAAGUUUCAAAGUCCAGACCCCCUCCAACGUUGGUAGGGGUAGGAAGAGGAGGAGGGGCCCAGGGAGGGGGGGUCUUUCGCAAGUGGGGCCUCGGGGGAUCCCUGCUCUCCUUCUGGUGCAUUCCGCAACUUUAAAAGCCUUCCCUGGGGUUCUGAGCGCGGAUGUCUGACUCGAAUGACCUGAGAUUUGGACAUAUUCCCGUUUUCUCCCAAGUGUUGCUUUAAUGUUGCGAGUUUAAAUUCACUGAAAGAGGCCCAGAUACCAAGUCGAGUGAAUUUCAUAGACAUCAUCUUCUGUUUUAAUGAUCGCGGCAGUGAUCGUUUCUGAAGUCAUACCCUUUAGGGUGAACUCACAACAAUGCAUGUCAGAGAGGCUGCGCGCCCUAAAGCAAAACAGUUAAAACAUGAGGCCACGCUCCUCAAACUGCAGGAUUGCAAGCAGCUCACAAACUUCCAGUCCCCACCCCAAGGCGAGGAGAGUCUCAGUGACUUGAGGACCUGCUUGCACUCCUGCUUUCCACGCCCGGUCCCCUACCCGCACCUGCCCAAGUGGUCUGGUUCCUCUAGAAUCUGGACGGUGGGGAGGGGUGCUCCUGAUGCCCCGGGAUGGGUGCAGGGCGGGGACCAGCGAGCGAGACACAAGGGCGCUAGAACCCAGGAGCGCAAACCACCUUUAGGGCCUGAGGGACGCAGAGGCGGGUGCAGUAGUGUUUCUCAGAUUCGUGGGAGGCCGCAGGCGCCAGCAGAGGCAAUUUUCCUCCCCUGAGCAAUGCUAGUUCUCCUCAGGCCCAGGAUCUCCACUAACGUGUCCUUCCACCUCCUCACAGGACUCCAAGCUGCUGUCCCCUCUCUGCCGCAUCUGAGGCUGGAAAAACUUCCUAGGAGAAGGCAAGAGAAAGCCACCAGACCAGAGCCGAGGACUAAACUUUAAGGUCGAAGACGGCAGAGGGGCAGGUUCUCCCCUGCACACCCCAAGGCCUCUCCUGCACCCGCGAGGCCUUCCUUGAGCGUCCAGGCCCCCGAAAUGCCUGCCCUCCUUCUGACAAAAGGAGGGGGUAGGAUGUGGAGGGGUAGUGCAACCAAUAAUGUUUUUGUAAACACAACAACAGGGAGGAAAUCUAUUUAUUGGGUGUGUCAUUUUUGGUGGGGGGCGGGAUUGAAAGUGGAGUCAUCUAGACCCAGGAAAAAGCUACGGGGUGGGCGGGGUAAGUGGGGGACUCUUGGUAAAUGUGGAUAAUUUUGAACUGGAACACCAUUUUGUUUCCUUCCUGGAGAAUUGUAUGAUGUGGCCUGAAGGCUCUGGAAAGUCACAGAUCACACCCGGCAGGAGGUUCUUCAUGUGUGCCAGCCCCUGGCUGGGCCUGGGCAGCCUUGCCCCCAUCCUCUGGCCCCAGCUCCUGCCACCGUUCCUGCCACUCCACCUGCAGACAAGGCUGCCAAAGGCUAGGAACAGGGCUCCAAGCCAGAGGCCGGCUUUUUGGAGAUGUGGCUGUGGGAGGGGAAUUCCUGGAAGUUGCAUAGAGAGGGAGUUUUUGCCAGCCUGGGUCACUGAUGGCCAGUCUGGGUCACUGAUGUCUCCCCAGGGGUGAGGGGACAGUGCCUGGCUAAUCGUGGGUUUCAAAAUCUGUCUGUUGAGGGGAUGCAGAGGUCAUCGUUGGGGGGGUGAAGCUGAUGGUCCACGGAAGCUCUGGGCACAGGUUGGACCUCUUUCCUGCAUAAAGAACCCUCCAGGGUGCCCAGUGGUUCUGGCCAGCGCCAGAGCCAGUGACGGUUGGCUUGUUCUGGCCUUCCUCCCCUUCUCACACAUGCAUUCUCUUGCACACGUGUCACACACAUUCCUACACACUCAAAUUCUCACUCACACAAAUUCUCACACACACAAAUUCCCAGAAUCAAUCUCCCACACACACAUCCAAGUCACACACUCAUUCUUACAUGCGAUUCACAGAUUCACACGAUUCACAGAUGCAACAGACUCACAGGCAUUCACUCUUACAUAUGACACAGUUGCACACUUGUGCGCGUGCACGCACACACACACACACACGCACUGCAAUCCCCUUGCAUCUCCACAGUGUCGAAGGCUGGCUGAACACCAAGGCGGCUCUUGGUGGCAGGACUUCUCAUGGGAGGGAAAGUCACAUAGCUGGAAGGUUACUAGCUUAGGGACAUAAUUUCCUUGUUGACUAUAAUCUCCUUAUAGAAAUUCAACAACUAUAGCAGAAAAUGGAGAACAAGGACAUUUUAUUUCUCAAAGUCAACAGUUCCUUUUCUCCUGCAGCUUUGGAGCAGGCUCCUGCCUGAGGCUGCUGAGGUGCUCUGGGUUCUCGCUGUUUUCAGCCUCCAGGUUCAGGCUUUCCUCAGUGCAUUUUCCUUGGCUGCCCUUGGACUUGUGUUGUCCGGGGUGGUGGCCACUGGCCCCCAGUGGCUACUGAGCAGGGAGAGCAGGGCCCCUCUGCGGUGAGGUGCUGCUCGGUGUAAAACACACACGAGAUUUUCCAGAUGCAGUACUCAAAAGCAUGUGAAACUCCUCAGUCAUCACUUAAAAUAUUGAUCACAGGUUGAAAUGAUUAUAUUUUAGAUACCUUAGGUUAAAUAAAAUAUAUUACUGAAAUUUCGCCUUCUUUUUGCUUUCUAAAAAUGUAGCUCUUAGGAACUUUGCAAUUACCUACAUGGCUACUUGUGCGUUAUCUUCCUGCUAGGCAGUGCGAGACCUUCUCACAGAUCCUUCAGAAAUGGCAAAGGAAAAGCAAAAAUGGUGGAGAAGGCUGAGCACAUGGCCUCGCGGGAGGCCGGCUCAGAGCUGUUCUGAAGUUGCUUUUGUAACAAUCUAUUCUCAAAGCUCCUUUUCUUUCAAUGGGGCAGGUUGGGGGUGGGGGGGGGCAUUACACCUUGUAUUUUACUUCUCAAUUCAUUUUCUUUCCAUUUUAACUUUAAUUCCGUCUAAUUACUGUAUUGUGAGCUCAGUCAGCAAUCUUGCAUGAACUCUGCAGUAACUUCUGAAGACUCUUGCUCCAAGUGUUUGAUAAUGAGGAUAUGUGCAGGACUAAGGCAACUGUGUGAUGUCUGCACAGUUCGAAAGCCCGCUUUCCUGUUACUUUCAAAUCUCGGGUCAGCAUUUUGGAACUUUUCUGCUUUAAUUUUUCCACACACACCUCUCACUGCGACCACCUACCAUCACCACAACCCAAAACAAAGCAAACAAACAGAAAGCUUGAGCAAGAAUUUACAUCUGGGAAAACGCUUCUAUUCAUCAAGAGUGGAAUUCCUUUUUAUUCCUAUAAUUGACUCACAGCUUCAAAAAUCUGUGAAGUCAUACUUUGGUCACGGAAGUUGCAAGAAACCAUAUUUGCAAACAUUUUAUUUUAAAGAAGGUAUUUAAAAAUAUUUUACAUAUUAGCCACAGAUUUCUAGAAGUGAAGUUAUAAAAAUUAGAAAUUGUAUUUUGCCUUUUGAUGAUAGCAAGUGAAAAGAGAUUGCUCCAAGAAUGUUUUCAAUAAAUUCAGUAUAACUGCAACACAAAAAUUCUGCAUGCAGGCUUCAUACACACACAUUAUAAUUUUAUGCAUUUAUCUUGAGAGUUGUAUAAUUAAUUUUAAAAAUGCAACAAAAAUGUGAAGUCUACUUUGCCAAUAAUGGAAAUGUCUCAUAGAUAAUUUUGAAUACAAUUAAAAUUUU